AUGGCUGAAUCAACAUUAGAAACUGAAUAUAGUAAACAAUCAAAUCAUAUCUUUAAUGAAUUAGGGAAACAAUUAUUAGACAAGGACAACAUAAAAGUGGUUAAGAUCACGAAAAAUGAUUCAAUCAAAAAUAAAGUUGAAGCCAUAUUCAAAUCUAUUGAACAAGAUAAACUAAUACUUUUAACUGGAUUAUCGAAUUCAAUUGCCAAACUAAUAUGUAUUACAGAAAUAGUCAAACAAAAACAGAAUGAACAACAACAACAACAACAUGAACCAUCACAGAAAUUAGAUCAAUAUAACAAACUUCUACAUAUUGAUAGUACAGUAAAUCCUAGUUAUAAACCCAUACCGGAGAAAGAAAACAAGAAAGUCGAUACAAAACAAUUGGAGAAAGAAGCUUUACAAGAAAUCAAAGGUCCCAAAAUCUAUACAUUGCCUGUGUUGUACAUUGUGAUAGGUAAACAUUCAAUUGUGUCAAAUAUAGAGUUAGUUAAUUGGACAAAACAAGACAAAUAA